ACAACGAAAAAAAAGACACGAGACUGCGGGGAAUCGAUUCCGAGGCUCUGGUAGCCAUGCCCAUUUGCAAGAGUUCGGCGGCAAAAACCGCUGCGGAUAUAUCCGCCGAUCAUGUAACAGAAGCAGCCCAGGUGAAACGGACACGCGAGCAGGCGUAUUUCAAUUCCUAUGACUUCGACGCCAUCGAAGUGCUGCCCUACGAUGAGGACGAGGAUGACGAAAUGGAGGCGGCCAGUAGUAGCAGCAAUGAUCAGGCUCCCGGUAGAGGCUAUCCAGUAGAGAGUUCAGCGAAUAAAUUCACCUAUCUCCAGCGCUUGGGUGACUUUUUUGUACGCCAUGGCUCAAAGGAUAAUGUGGCCAAUGGCGAUGCAGCUGGAACAGGAGCAGCUGAUGCCGGAUCAUCAGUAGCUGGCAAUGAUAACUUUCUACUGCCCCGCGCCAUGCUCAAGUAUCAAAACAACCUGACAACAACAGCAACAGCAGCAGCAGCAGCAGCAACUUCAAUGCCAUUGACAACGCUCUCUGGGAUUGGAAUGGGCCACGAGAAGCCAAAUGAGCAGACGGCAACAGCAGCAACAACAGCUGUUGCUGGUGGAAUCUCUGUUGGCAAGAAAUUGUCCAUUGCCAGCAGCACGCACAGUUUGGACUCUGGCCUGGCCAUGCCACGAAAUGUAUCUGCAACAGCUCAACCAGCAGCAGCGUCGACAGCGGCAGCGGCAGCAGCAGUAGCUGGCAAUGGUUCACAUUAUUCCACCGAUAAAAGUGGCUCGUCCGGUUACUAUAGCUCGAAUGUGUGCUCCACUUAUUCGCUGGACGAGCACAUCUAUUGCGAACCGGUCAUAGACAUCCUCAAUGCAGCCGCCGAGCAAGAGAAGAUCAAGAGUGUACGCCAGCGACCACAAUUGCAGUUGCCCCUGAAAGAGGCAGCAACAGCUGCAACAACAUCAGCAGCAGCAGCAGCGGCAACAACAACCAUUUCAGAUGUAGCUCAGUCCAGUUCAGUGAUUAGUCAGCGUUUGGACAUGCAAGAUGCGGGAUGCAAGGGAGUUGAGGCAAAUCCUAAUGGCAAUGGCAACGACGACGACGAGGAUGAAGCCAACGGAGAAGAAACUAAAACGAAUUCCAUUCUCCCUCACUAUAGCAAUAAAUUGCGCAUUCUGGAGACGAGCAUUGAGAAUCUGGAUCGUCACUUGAAGACAUUUCCCAGUCUAUAUGCCCAGGAUCAUAUAGUCAACUUCAUGACAACAGCAGCAGCAGCAGGAGGAGGAGCAGGAGGAGGAGUCAUGGUCAAGGCAUGUAAUAACCAGGAUUUGGGUGAGAAAUUAAAGGCCUACAAUCAAUUGCCAACCAUAAUGGAACAACAGCAGCAACAGCAGCAACAACAGGUGGUGGAUGAUUCCCUAAUGGACAUAGAUCUGGAUGCCUUUUUGUUGAAGCCCAAGCCCAAAAAGGAAACCCUUAUGCAGACUGUGGCCAAUAGCAGGCGAGGCAUCGAUAAUCCCAGUUUCCUGAGCGAUGAACAAUUGGAGGAGAAUAAUUACAAGUGUGCCAAAUAUAUCAAUUCUUGUCCAGAAGAUGCCUAUCGACUAGAGAGCGAAGAGGCCGAAGCGGAGGAGGUGGAGAAGACCUAUGUGAAACGUUACGAGGAUCAAAUGCAUUUCCAAAGCACUCGUGAACUACUCGAGGAUGUGCGAGAUAAGAUACGCCUUCUCUCGCAUGUCACCCCGUCACCCUCACCCACUCCCAGGCACUCACCCGACAUACCCAAAGAACUGGAUGGCAUGAUUCAAACACUGAAACAAGAACUCGAAUCCUAUUUGCAGCGAAUGAAUCAGCACAGCGAACUGGAGCUACGUCAAUUGUGCAGCGGAUUGGGGCGCCAGCAGCAUGUGGUGCGCCUGCAGAAUGCCUUCGAGAGGAGACGCAGCUACGCCGAACCCCAACUCAAUGCGUACGAGGCGGUACGCGAUGGCGUCCUCAUCUCAGCCAAUGGGCGGCCGCUCAGUGUCCGUGAACAGAUCAUGACCAUUCGCUGUGCCAGUGAUCCCAAUUUUAAGAUGAAACGCAAAUCCAUCACCGAGAUCUUUCCGGCUGCCGAAUGUUAUAUAGAAUCCGAAGUGACUACCACAACCAUGUCGAGAAGUAAUACCCCCACACCCAUAUCAACACCUCAGCUGGAAUUGGAGGCUCUUCAUCCGCCCCCUGGCGGGGCAACAAUGACCACCACCAUGGUGACCCAACUCCAAAGGAAUCUCACCUUUCACAAACCCAUCCUGAGUGCCGAGAAUGCCCACCUGGCCAUGGGUAAUCUUGGCGUGGGUCAUGUUCCCAAUGGCAAAGAGCAAAAGGCCGAGAGCUCUGCGGAAUGGCAUCGCAAGAAGCCAAGCAUCUGGGAAAUGUACUAUGGAACGAAUCGUUUGCAUCAAUCUCUGCUCGGCAAACAACGCAAUGGCAAUGAAUUGGUCAUAUCGAGUGCCCAGCCAACUUUAUCCUAUCCCUCCUCACGACCCGAAUCGGACUUUACACUCGAUCUACCCCGAGCUGAGCAAUUACGCCUAAAAAUGGAAAAGGAGAAGAAAUUCCGCCAAAGAUGUCGCUUCAUUACGACGUUUCUAAGUCUCGUAUUCUUCCUGCUAACCGUAAUGGUAGUCAGUUUGGUUUUAACUCGCGGCAAACGCAUGUUUGGCAGCAUGAUCUAAAUCUAUAACUAAAUCUAAUUACAUCAGAUAGUAUAUCUAUAUAUAUAAAUAUAUUACACAGCAUAUUAUGUAGUCCAUAACAUUUACAAUACAAAAAGCAGAAAAAAUGCAAUUAUUUAGAGUGCCAAUCAGCAAAAAAAAAAAAAAAAGAAAAAGAAACGAUAAAUUGUUUAGCCCUAGUACACAGUAUUGUUAAUAAAUUAUUUAUGUGAUCUUAGUCAUUUAAGAUUUUUGUCAGAGUGCAUUUUGUUCUGUAUAUGUGUCUAGUAUAAUGAUUUGCAUGUAUGUAUUUGUGUAUGAAUAACGUUUAAAAUUAUAUAUAU